AUGGAGGAAGAGGAAUCCGGCGAGGCUAUCCGGCCAGAAUUUCCGACGGGCCGAGUGAAGAAGAUAAUGAAGCUCGACAAGGACAUUGGCAAAGUGAAUUCAGAAGCCUUGUUUCUAGUCUCAUGCGCCACAGAACUCUUCCUUAAGCUUCUAGCUGAAAAAUCUGCAGAAGUCGCCGCUGAGAAGAAACGGAAGACCGUGAAGCUUGAACACAUCCGAAUGGCCGUCAAAAGGCAUCGCUCGAUCAGUGAUUUUCUUCUCGAUUCACUUCCUCUUCCGUCUCAGCCGUCGGAUGCACCGGCGAAGGACGAGAAUCGCAUUCGCGCUGUCGUUGACAAAGUGGCUCCUGCAGGAACGCGUCGCAUCGAUGAUUUCUUUCGUCGGCCAACUAAGACAACGUCGGCGGAGACCAACGAGUCAUAGGCGCUCAAUCUUCAACAGGCAAAAGCUCACAAGCACAAUUGAUGGCUUACUUUUUGGCGUUUGUUUGUCUAGAGUUAGCAACUCCAUAUUUGAUCAUUAGAGGAUAAAAUUGUUUGUUAAUGAACAUUACAUGACUUAUACUAUCUUGUUUAUUUCAACAAAA